AUGGCAAACGGCGCAGAGAACAAGACUCAUACCGAGUCGCAAGUCUAUCUGUCUACCAGAGGCGGCGAUUACGAUUUGUCAUUCGAGACUGUUGUCCUCAAGGGACUCGCAGCCGACGGGGGUCUCUUUCUGCCGCAUCAGAUUCCAACCGCAGACAAAUGGCGCGAGUGGAAAGACCUCUCCUACCCCGAAUUGGCCUUUGAGAUCCUCAGCCUGUACAUCUCGCGAUCCGAGAUCCCCGCAGACGACCUGAAAGCCAUCAUCGAUCGAAGCUACUCGACCUUCCGCUCGAAAGAUGUCGCCCCGCUGGUGCAUCUAGAGAACAAUCUGUAUCUGCUUGAGCUGUUCCACGGUCCAAGCUACUCCUUCAAAGACUGCGCACUGCAAUUUUUGGGCAAUCUCUUUGAGUACUUCCUCGUUCGAAAAAACCAGGGCAAAGAAGGAAAAGACAGACAUCAUUUGACGGUUGUGGGCGCAACAAGCGGUGAUACCGGAUCCGCUGCCAUUUACGGUCUCAAGGGCAAGAAGGAUGUCUCCGUCUUCAUCCUGCACCCCAAGGGCCGCAUCAGCCCCAUCCAGGAGUUGCAGAUGACAACUUGCACAGAUGCGAAUGUGCACAACCUUGCCAUUGAAGGAACAUUUGACGACUGCCAAGAUAUCGUCAAAGCUAUGUUUGGCGAUGCCGACGCAAACGAGGCUUUGCAGCUCGGCGCCGUCAACUCGAUCAACUUUUCGAGAAUCCUCGCUCAAAUUGUCUAUUACUUCCACGCAUACUUCUCACUCGCUAGACAAUCAUCCUCGUUCAAUGUUGGAGAUGAGGUCAGAUUUGUGACCCCCACCGGAAACUUUGGCAAUAUCCUCGCCGGAUACUUUGCAAAGCAGAUGGGUCUUCCCGUGGCUAAACUUGUCGUGGCAACAAAUGAGAACGAUAUCCUGCAUCGCUUCUGGCAGACUGGCCGAUAUGUUAAGAGCCCUGUUCAGGACGAGAGCAGCUCAAAAGCCGAGAACUGCAAGGAAACGUUGAGCCCAGCUAUGGACAUCUUAGUCUCCAGUAACUUUGAGAGAUUAAUGUGGUUUCUAGCCAGGGAUUUCGCUGCAACUGUUGGCAUGGAUGAGGAGUUCAACAGAAAGCAAGCUGGUCAAGAGGUCUCUGCCUGGUACAAGUCCCUGAAGACCACAGGCGGAUUCGGACCUGUACACGACGAGAUUAUGGACAACGGACGCCGCACAUUUGAAAGCGAGCGUGUAAGUGAUGCACAGACUGUGGAGACGAUCAAGUCCAGCUACAACAAGAUCAACUACGUCCUGGACCCCCACUCGGCUGUCGGAGUUACGGCAGCAGAGAGAUCUAUUGCACGAACCGACUCAAACGCACACCACAUCUCGCUCUCAACAGCCCACCCUGCGAAAUUCUCAGAUGUCGUGACCAAGGCCUUGGCAGACGAGCCCAAUUUCAACUUUGAGGAGCAGGUGCUUCCUGAUGAGUUCAAGGCUCUCUCGACGAAAGAGAAGCGCGUUACACUUGUGGAUAACUCAUGGGAGAAGGUGCGGGAGCUUGUUAAGAGCCAGGUCGAGAAAGACCUCAAGGCUGAAGGUAAUUAA